AUGGACCCGGGGACGAUCGGUCUUACGGAGCAGGACAUUGAGGCGGUUGUGAAGAGCUACAUCCAGGACAAGCGGAACCGUGUCAAUGGCAAGUUCCGGCUCGUGUCGUAUCAGGUUCGCCGGUUGAGCGACGAGCCAAUCGGGUACCUCGGCGAUCACUAUCUGCUCGAUGUGAACUUGCGCGAAAAGAUGGUCCACUACACGCCGGAGGAGGAAGAGCAGUACGCCGAGGAGGAGUACAUUAGCUUCUUCCUGAAGGUGCUGCCCGAGACGGUGCCCAAGCUGGCGGACUACAUCCGGGAGAUGGGUUGCUUCCGGAAGGAAAUUCUGCUCUACAAACACCUGAUCCCGCGGCUGCAGGACGUGAUGAUCGGUACGCGCCAGUUCGUGCCGACCGCGUACUACACGAAGGACGAGCGGAUGGUGGUCUUUGAGAACCUCCGCACGGACGGGUACAGCAUCGUGGAGGGCACGAAGAAUCUGCUCGACUUUGACCAUCUGAAAGUGGCGCUCCAAGCGGUCGCGAAGCUGCACGCCGCCUCGCUGAUACUCGAGGAGCGCUCCGGAGCGCCCAUCCCGAAGCUAUUCGUGGGCUAUCUGAACGAGAACGCGUACGUGGAGGAGAGCGAUCACGUGCGCAAGCUGAACCUGGACAACGCGAUCGUCGUGCUGUGCGAGAUGAUCAAGCGCAUCGAGGCUUACGCCGCGUCGGACCGACUCGACGAGAUACUGCGCAAGGUGCCCGCUAUCGUGCGCAAGAUUUAUGACUUCUCCAAACCCUCGACCGUGUACCGGAACGUGCUGAACCAUGGCGAUCUGUGGAGCAAUAAUGUGAUGUUCCGGUACGAGCUGGUUCCGACGAGUGUGGACCCCGACAACACCGAUGGACAUCACCUGACUGAAGGUGAGCGAACCGCCUGCGAUCGUGAGGAUCAGGUAGAGUUGGAAGCGGCUGCAGCAGCGGCUGCGGUGGCGUCGGCAGCGGCCGCCACCAACGGUGGCCCCUUUCGGCGGCGUAAGCGUUCGUCGCUGAAAAAACUAAACCCGUACGAGGUGCUCAAUCUGGGCAACUGGUCCGCACCGGGCGGUUCUCGGCCCGCGAGCUGCAUACUGAUCGACUUCCAAAUUGCUCGCUACGCUCCGCCGGCAUACGAUGUGCUGUCGUUGCUCACGUCCACCACAACGCGCGCGUUCCGCGAUCGGCACCUCGACGAGCUGCUCGACUCGUACUACGAGGCGUUGCGCGCCGAGCUGGACUGGUUCCACCGGGACGUGCGUGAGGUGUUUCCUCCGAGCGGCUUCGCGACGUACCGUGCCUCCUGCGAUCAGUAUCAGCUGCCGGGGCUGAUCGAUAGCGUCCUGUACCGGCACGUCACGAUGCUGCCGGGCGAGUUGGUGGCCCGGUGCCGCGAGAAGCACCGUCUGCCCGGCAGCGAGCCGGUUGCUUGCGAGCGGGACGGGAUGGACAUUUGCCUCGAAGCGUGGACACAGUACCCCGACUAUCGGUUGCUCAUGACGGACAUGCUGUCGGAUUUGGUCGAUCGCCAUAUACUGGCUGGUGGCGGUCGUUAGAUGAAUCUUUUAACGCGGGCCUCUAUACUUGCAGCGAGUCCGCGUCGGGCGGCGUCCCCAGCACCGUCUCAGGCUGCGCUCGUUGACUUCCAGCUGGCCCGCUACGCACCAC